GGCACCUCUGGUUCCUUGUUGUGACAGUUUAUUACAUCAGUAAAAUGGCCGCGCAAUAAGUUAAAAUAAAUCAAUUUUCUGAUCGUGAUUGUGAGUAAUAUGAGAAUUUCGUCGAUAUAUACACAGUUGUUGAGUUUCAUCAUGAUAUCUGAAUUGCUUCUGAAUUGUCAAUAUUGAAAUCGAUUUGUGAGCAAGCUGUACGAUAGAAAGUGUUGUUAGAAUGAAGGCCAAAUUAACUAUGAGGAAGAUUAUUCAUGUCUUGCUGCAAGUAUAAGCAUUUAUUGCAAUAAAAUGUUGACUGAACAAUUAUGUGCGUUCGCCAUAUUAAUGGAUUUAUGCUGUAUAACUGAAUGCUGUAUGAAUUGAUGAGAAUAUCGAUGGAAGUAAAAAUGAUGUCACAUCUUUGUUCGGAUGCAAAAAGUAGAACCGAUGCAAUGGAUUCCAUCCAGAGUGAAAGGUCGACGAACACGAUUAAAAAUCAUAAUACCGCGAGUGGAACGCUAGAUAAAACAUACGGCACAAUGAGAUUCAAUUUCGUUAGUACUAUUCUGCAUAAGCUGACCAACAUUUUGAUACCAGCGGAAAUGCAAAACAAUACACUAGCUAAAACGAAUCAACCUCUAUUUAUCCCGGAUGUUUUUGUUGAUAAGAAUAUCUGUACGCCUAUAUUCGAAUCGGUACAUGGGAGGGCCACACUUUUAGUUCCCGAAUAUAGAGACUCUAUGCAAUAUCAAAUGAGUCCUUCGAUCGACAAUUCUUACGUUUGGUACUCCACAAAGGAGUCCAACGAGACCGAAAAAAACGAUUCUGUUUGUACGACAAAAUCAGGAAAGAAAAAGAUGAUUACAAAUCAAGGUCCAUCUAGAAUCGCAAACAAUGCACAUGGGUACAGCAAAUCAUAUUGCAAGAAUCGAAAGGAAAAACACCGCCACGACGUAUUGUUGGAUAUCAUGGAUGACUUCCGAGUAAUUCUCGAUGAAGAAGAAACUGAUUCAGAACCUGAAAAAUGCGAUUCUCUAUCCAAUAUUGAUGCAGAACGAUUAACCAAGCCCAUGAAUUGUGAAUCGUUAGCGAAUUCCAAAUUGCCGGACAAAACAUUGGCUGUGAAUAACUCACACAACAGUCGGAGUAAUAGUGAAUUUCACGAUGGUUCUUCUGUCUGUGAUAGCGAGGAUAGUUUUGUAAUAUUCUGCGAUGAUCCACAAACGACUCCAUCCGUUAGUCCCAAAAUAAACAAAAAUAUUUGCAACGUUAUCAACAUGUUUUUGAAGGCGCCCAUCUCAUUUCCACGGAAGCAACAGCGACAUUUAUCGGAAUGUAGUGAUGAUAGUAUCGUAUUUUGUUACGAUAGCGACUAUGAUGAGGCGUACGAUCAGUUGGGCACAGAUUCCGAAUCUAUUGAUAUGGAAAAGCACGAAUGUGACAAUGACAGCUGCUGCGAUGAAAUGUUCAACGAAUCACCUGAACAACCUGACUCUGGUUUCGAGGAGAAGAAGGUACGAUUCAACAGCAACGUAGAUAUACAUGUAAUGCGGACGUGGGAUUUCGCUUAUCGACAAGCGCGGAAGGGCGAGUGGGAGAUGGCCGCCAGAGAUCGUGAGCGGUUCAAGAAGAGAAUUGAUGAGGUGGAUAAAGCUUUAGGACCGAUAUUACAACCAGAUGUACGUGAAAGAAUAUAUUGUGACAGGUUUAGCAGUUAAUCGAAAAAAAUUAGAGUGGUAAAAUAGAUAAAUAUAACCGGGGCUAGAUCAUUGUACGUUUUUAUUGUUUCUUAAAACACCUCUAUGAUGUUUCUUGAAAGGGUUUCAUCUUAGCCGAAUAUUUAAUUUGUUUUGCAAUAUAUGCCAUAAGUUGGUGAAUUAUUGGAUACUACAUCAAACAAAAUAAACUAAUUAGGUUCAACUGUUCUGUAAAUAUGUUAUUUUGUAAAGCGUUUCCUCAAAUUAUACAGCUGUAUAUACGAAGAAUAUAAUAUAUUAGUGCUACUUAUAACACAAA